CACGGAGCCGCGUCUUCAUUCUAGCAUCAUUGUUCUCAGUUGCGUGUCGAUGUACAUCGAUGUUUUUGUAGAGUUUUGCGAAAAGCAGCGGAGAGUCAAGUAUGGUUAAAACGAGUCGGAGCUAAUCAAACUUAAUAUUUCGUAACAAACAUUAAGUGUAUCUGAAACGUAUCGCGAUGUAGUCCUAUAGUGAAUUCAGAAAACUAUUGUGUAAGAUGAAGGGUGAAUAGCCGCGUGGCAAAAUGUCUCACAUUGAAUCAUGCAAAGUUCGACAGCGAAAUGAAUUAGAAGCUUUAGAGUCUAUUUUUGGGAAUGAAUUACGUGAUCUAAGGAAGAACAAGAAUAAAAAGAAAUGGCAACCCCUGGAUGUUGUUGUUACAUUGACACCGCAAAAAGGUGGAUCGGGACCAGCGGAAAUCCAUGCACAGAUAGAUUUGCGUAUUACAUGCAAUGACAAAUAUCCCAAUGAGGUACCAACAAUUCAACUACAAGACAGCAGAGGUUUAUCUCAUCAACAGGUCGCAGUUUUAUCAUCAGAGCUUGAAAAUUUGGCAACAAAACUAAAAGGCGAGGUUAUGAUUUUUGAACUUAGUCAACAUGUCCAGAAGUACUUACACGAACAUAACAAACCAGGUUACAGCAGUUUUUAUGAAGAAAUGGUAUCGAGACAUCAGGAGAGGAUACAAUAUGAGAUGCAAGAGAAGCAAAUGAAGGAAGAUAAGGAGAGACAGGUGCUGCAAGAUGCUAUACAGAAGCGCCAGGAAGCUCUAAAAGCGGAGAAACGUAACCGAAAAGAAACAAUUCGAUCGACUACAGAUUCCGAAACCAUCUUCAGAUCUAUACCAUCAUCUCCGCACGAGCGAGGAGUGAAUCGUUUUAGACGUAGAUGCGCUAGCACAUCUGAAAAUUUGGACGGGUCAUUGUGUGAGCACAGAGGUACCAAACUCGUACACUUCGACAGUAAUAAAGGUGAAAGGCAAGUGCACUGUGGAAAAUGCUUGGGUCACAGUCCAAAGGGUUCCGUGGUGUACGGUGGCGUAGAUAUGAUCACCGGAGAGUUAUUGGCUAUCACGGAAUGGACCAUAAAAUGCGCAACGGCGAAUGAUUCCGAAGCUAUCGAUAUACACCUCGCCAUGAAGGCAAUCGCCAGCUUAGAGCAAGAGCUUAAUCAUUUAUACAAAUUGCAUCAUCCGAAUCUUGUACAUUAUUUAAAUAUGAAAUAUAUAAAUGAUGUACAAAAUAACAAUAUAGUAAUUUCUAUACUUCAAGAGUUUGUGGUCGGAACCACAUGCUCGUCUUUUUUGGAUAACAUUCCAGUUGAUAUUGAGGUAUUGAGGUACUUGGCAACUGGUAUACUUGAAGCGCUACGAUACCUCCACGAAAACGAUGUGGUGCACAAAGAUUUGCGUGAAACCAGCAUUUACAUAGAUCGCAUGGGUGUUGUAAGAUUAUCCGAUUACUCUUUAGAUAAGAGAUUGUCAGACAUGUAUCAUUCGAACUCCUUAGCAAAGACUGAACAUGAUUUUCCAACAAUUCAAGGCCGAGGAGGCAAAAGGGCAGACAUAUACAGAUAUGGAAUAUUGUUGCUUACAUUUUUGAAAAAACCUGUCGCAUCCGAAGACGAGAUUGACCUAACGACAAUUUCGCAGUUUCACUUAAGAGACUUUAUCUCAAAGUGUCUCGACGAUGAGAGAACGCGUUGGUCCGCGGAACAAUUACAGCAACAUAGUUUCAUAAGAACACCCUUAGAGCGCGGUUUGUCGCCCUCGUCGCCGGUCCGCGAUGUGCAGGAAAACAAUUUGGAGCCCGAGGAACCGGAUAGCGAUAUUCAAGUGCAUUUGCCGUUGAUGGGCAGACAAUCGCGAAUACAGAAUGAAUUUGAAAUUUUAAAAUGGCUGGGGAAAGGAGCCUUCGGCGAUGUUCUGAAAGUGAGAAAUAAAUUAGACGGUGGGAUCUACGCUAUCAAGCGCAUAAAAUUAAAUCCAAAGAACAAACAGCUGAACAAGAAGAUUACGCGGGAAGUGAAAUUGCUCUCCAGAAUGAAUCAUGAGAAUGUGGUGCGUUAUUAUAAUUCGUGGAUCGAAAGUGCUACUUUGGACGAUUCUGUCAGGAGCAGUGAAUUAACGCCGAUCACCACAUCUUCUGAUAGAACGGCCACCACACAGGACAAAAUAGACAUAGUCAAUCAAUUGGAAAAUGAUGAGAUAGAAAAAUUUGCCCCACCUUUACGGGAUGUCGAGUGGAAUAUAUCGUAUGAAUCUCGAGCAAAUGUAGCUGAUAGUGACGAUGAUAACAGUGACGCCUCGACUGACUCUGACAGCGAAGAACAUUGCGCAUUUUUAAUGCGAACUUUAUUACGAAUCGAGUCUUCCGAUAAUAUCGAAUUUGAGAGAGACGGCAUAUCACAAAAGUCCGCGAUGACUGACAUUUCAAAUAACGACGCUAAGGACUCUGAAACAACUAGCGAAGACACGGUUGUGAAAGAAAUACAGUACAUGUACAUACAAAUGGAAUUCUGCGAGAAAAGCACACUGAGGACUGCCAUCGACAACGGUUUGUACGAAGACGAGGAACGUGUCUGGAGAUUAUUUCGAGAAAUCGUGGAAGGUUUGGCACACAUUCAUCAGCAGGGUAUGAUACACAGAGAUUUGAAGCCUGUGAACAUCUUUCUCGACAGUAACGAUCACGUGAAGAUAGGAGACUUCGGUUUAGCGACGACCAAUAUAUUGUCUACGCUAGUUCAAACCACUAAUGCUGACAAAGAGUCACAAUUUGAGAAAGGAGGAAGUUACGAUGUGGAAGAAUUGGGCUCUCUCACUGGUCAAGUCGGCACAGCCUUGUACGUCGCCCCCGAACUGUCCGCGAAAACUGCCAAAGCAAUUUACAAUCAAAAAGUAGAUAUCUACAGCUUAGGAAUUAUUUUCUUCGAAAUGACGUACAAGCCUCUGACCACCGGAAUGGAGCGCGUGAAGAUUCUGUUAAAUUUGCGCUCCAAAGACAUCAUCUUCCCUUCCGACGUGGUGGAAACAGAUAUGCCGCAUCAAGUUCACAUCUUACACUGGCUGCUGAACCAUGAUCCGAGUCAACGUCCUACCGCGCAAGAAUUGCUUUCCUCCGAGUACUUGCCGCCGCCUCAGCUGGAAGAGACGGAGUUGCAAGAAAUGGUGCGCCAUACGUUAUCCAAUACUCAAAGUAAAGCGUACAAGUAUUUAGUGGCAUCGUGCUUCACGCAAGACGUCACGCCGGCGGAGGAUAUUACUUACGACAUGAAUUUGCCCGCCAGAGGAACGCCGAAUGUCCUUUCCUCGAAGAAGCAGUUUCUGCAGGAAAGCGUGAAGCAAAAGAUCGUCGAGAUAUUUCAAAAACACGGCGGCAUACAUCUCGCGACUCCGUUGCUAAUGCCGAAGUCCAUUCAGCACUCCAACUUCACCGAGUCUAAUGUGAAACUGAUGACACGAACGGGUAGUGUUGUUUCCAUACCGCACGAUCUUCGCACUCCUUUCGCUCGGUACAUUAUAUGGAAUAACAUCUCGCAUAUUCGGAGAUAUGCCGUCGAACGUGUCUUCAGAGACAAAAAGGCUCGAGGAUUUCAUCCAAGAGAAUUGUACGAAUGUGCUUUCGACAUCAUCAGUCCUAUAGACAACAAUUUGAUGACCGAGGCUGAACUGAUUUUCAUUAUAUGGGAGAUUUUUAACGAGUUGCCGCAGAUCCGAGAAUACAAUUUCAUAGUGCGAUUGAAUCACACGUCGCUGUUGCAGGCUGUACUAAUGUACUGCGGCGUGGAGAAGGACAAGUACCAGGACAUAUAUUCGAUACUGCAGGACGCCCGCGACGGGAAGCUGACGAAAUUCCAAGUCCAAACGCACUUGAUAAGUUUAUGCCUUACGGAUCAAGCUAUGGACACGCUUUUCAACUUGCUCGAAACGGAGAGCUCCGUUGCGAAAAUCGCCAGUGUCUUAAAGACAAUAACGAAGAGGAAAGGAGAUACCGCGGCUCUAGCCAAAGAGGGUUUGAAAGAUAUAGAAACUGUAAUAUCUUACGUGGAAGGUUUAGGUGUUAAGUGGCCUAUUACUGUCGUACCUUUAUUAACGUAUAACGUACAACAAUACAGCGGUGUGAUAUAUCAAAUAACCUGCGAGCUGAAGCACAGACGAAGACGGGGCGGUCAGGAUGUCAUAGCCGCGGGUGGCCGAUACGACCAAAUGCUGAUGUCAUUUAGGAGAGUUCUAGAGCGCACUGGAAUGGCGAGUAAGGAGAUAAAACAGUACGGCGCCGGUAUCAGCAUAUCGUUGGACAAGUUGGUAUCCGUCGUCACCGAAGCGUGCGAGAACCUGAAUGGCGAGAACAAGUGCGGCAUCGAUGUGGCUGUGUGGUGCGAGGCGAGCCCCGGGAGCGAAGGAAGGAGGGAAAAAGAAAUGAUUAAUGUAUUACACGAAAUCUGGUCAUUAGGAUUGAAGAUUACGAUAUUAGAUCUGUGCACUAUGGAGGAAAUAUUAGAACAUUGCCGAGAGAAUUCUAUAAGUCAUAUAGUAUUGUUAAGAAACGGUACUCUAAAAGUACAAACGUGGGAGAGAGAUAGAUUUCAGGAGAAAAAGUGGAAUACAAUACAGGAUAUUGUAGAGUAUUUGCAACGACAGUCGGAAACCGCGCUGCCGAUAUUGAAUCGUUCCGAAAGCAAGACGAAUUCGACUGACAUGUCGGCGGCGCCGAGCAAUCCGGUUAAUAUUAAUGUCAAUUUCAUUCUCUCCGAACGGGACAAGGUGUCCGGAAGUGGUAGGAGAAGCUUCAAGAAUACCAUACUGGCACAAACGUCGUCCUAUUUGCAGAGAAUAUCUCAUAAAGUUCCUGUGGAGGUUUUUGCAGUCUUUUUGGAAAUGUCCGUCAUAAAGACAUUAAUGAGUUUUCUAGAAAUUGACGAGGAGGAGCAGGUCUUUCAGAAAAGUAUUCAAAUCGUAAUAGACAAACACCCGCGGCACAAAAAGUACAUCAAACAGAUAUGCGAGGAAAUGAGAGAAUUACGAAAUGAAAAGUCAAGGCCCGUCGAGGUACUUUAUAGUUUAAUAGACAGUGGAUACAUGACUCUACUAUAAGUGAUAUUUAAUGAAGAAUAUAUAUUUUCGUAAUCGUGCGAAAUCGAUGCUUUGAGUGAUAUAUAUUAUUAGAUAAUCAACAUAUAAGAUUAGAUACUUAAGAUUUUUUGUACUGCAUUAUAUUUGUAAGUAUUAAUAUUUAAUA